AUGUCAUUCCAGCGGGAGGCGGUUCAAAUAGUUACCCCCUCGGUCCUACGCGCCCGGUGCUUUGGCUACAUCUUGGGAAAUGGAGUCAAGUGUAUUGUUAUCCAAGAUACCGACGCUAAGAUCCCUGUGGCCGUUAUGAAUAUUCUUGCGGGAACUCUAAACGACCCGGAAGUGGUCCCUGGUCUCGCACACUUCUGUGAGCACAUGCUUUUCAUGGGUACGGCCAAGUAUCCACGUGAGGAUGAGUAUAACAGCUAUAUCAACAAGAAUGGUGGAUCCACGAACGCCUGGACAACUGAUAUGGGGACCACAUUCUACUUCACCGUGGCGCAAGACGCGCUGGAAGGGGCGCUGGAGCGCUUUGUCGAAUUCUUUGUUGCCCCAAGUUUCAACCCCAGCUCAAUGUCGCGGGAGGCCAAAGCUGUGCACAGUGAGGACGAGAAGAACCACAGCGUGGACUUCUGGCGAAUUGAUGAGUUGCAACGGUCUCUCGUGGAUGCAAGGCACCCACGAAGCCGGUAUGGAAACGGCAACAUCACAACGUUGUGGGAUGAGCCACGGGCUAACAAUGUGGACGUCCGGGAGAAACUGCUGGAGUUCUUUAACACGCAUUACGUCUCGGGGGCAGCCUGCAUCGCUGUGUAUAGCGCUCUGCCUCCAGAGUCCGUGCUUCGCAUCAUAGAGCCACCGCUGUCGAGGUUGCGGGCGGGGGCGCCUACCCCUUUCUGCUUCCUCCCAGCUGGCGAGACGCUUUUGGCGGAGACAGCAAAAAAUAUGUGGGUGAAUGUCCGCACCGUUAAGAAAGCACGGUGUAUUCGUUUGCUAUGGCUUGUGAAGUCAGACAGCGCCUCAUGGCGGUCGUUGCCCGGCGCGUAUGUCUCACAUGUUCUUGGUCACGAGUGCAACUCUUCUGUCAUUGGCAUUUUGCGCCGCGAGAAUCUGGCCACCGCGAUGCUUGUUGGCCCCCGUCGUAUUGACAACGACAACGUGGUAUUUAGUGUCGAUAUUGAACUGACCGUGGGGGGGUUUGGGCGCGUGGUGGAUGUGGUGGACAUGGUAUACCAGGGCAUUGGCCAGGCGACGCGCGUGGACGAUGCCGUGUACGCGCAGAUGAAGGCAGAGGCGAGGCUUACUUUCGAGUCCUCUGAUGUCAGCAGCAGUGCUGUCUCCCUCUGUGCGGAACUCGCGGGCUCGGCGAACGAGGUGGACCUGCAGCACUGCUGGAUUGGCGGGGAUGUGGUACUCGAAGAUGAUGUGGCUGCGCAAGAGGCUUACACAGCUCAGUUGAGGCCGGAGAACUGUGUUGUGAUGCUGAUGUGGGGAGACAUGCCUUGCGAUAGUUCUGCGGGGUCUCCGCCCGCUGCCGAGACGGAAGUGGGGUUAGGGGAGAGUGACAGCGGUACAGAAAAGAGGAACCAAUCAGAGGAGGAGCAAGAAGAGGAGGAGGAGGAGGAGGAGGAAGGUGGAGGCGCAAGGGAUUUGUUUGAGAGUCUGCCUGACUUUGCCCGCGUGCCGUGCAAUUCCACCACGCGCUUCCACCACACGAAGUUCGCGAUGCACCGCAUUCCCGAUGGGGUUCUCUCGCGCUGGGCUGCCAGCCUGCGCGGGCCGUGGCACAGUGCGCUUGCCCUCCCCCCUGUCAAUCCGUUCCUCUCGACGGACUUCACGCUUUAUUGCAACAACAAUGACGACGAUCAUGCUGGUGUGGAGACAUUUCACACCGGAUACGGCGUAGCGCUGGUGCGGAAGGAUACAGGGAGGCACAAGUCGUUCAAGACGUCUGUGAUGUGGAGUGGCCUUUCGCCCUGCGCGUACGCGUCGCCAAAGAACUGUUUCUACACGCAAGUGGCGGGGCAUAUCUUGUGCGACGCCAUCGCAGAGAUGAGCUACUUUGGUGAACUUGCGGCCCUGGAGAACACCGUUAAGAUGGGCUUGGGCGGUCUGACACUGGCCGUGACAGGGCCACAACACCGUUUAGUGGAUUUUUUCUUGGCCAUAUUAGAAAAGGCCUACACCCAAGCUAUCCUGUACGGCUCAGUGGAGAAGUACAACAUCUACGCGGAAGCAGUGGUGCGGCGUCUUGCAAGCAGAGUAUCCGCACAGCCCUACGAAUUGGCAACGUCAAAAUUCUCAAAGGUAGUGAAAAGAGUUAUGCACACCUUUGAGGAGGUGCUCGUCGAGGCGGCAUCUGCAUCGCACGAUGAGUAUCUAUCCUUCGUGAAGAACUAUCUGUUGAGCGGUGUGUACUUUGAGUGCUAUGUUGCCGGGAAUGUCCCUUCCACAGCUUACGUGCGGGAGCACUUAGUACGUGGCGUUGAGGAGACGCUGCGAAGAUUACAAGUACCACCCGCAGCAAAGGAGAGUAUUCCCCGAUUCCGUGAUACAUACGCGUUUACUCGGGCUUCUCUACCGGUACCUCAGCCUCCGCUUGUGGAUGUCCUGAGUUUUCCCCCGUUUAGCGCAGAUAAUCCAAACGUUGCAGUGAUCCUCGACAUUUAUCUUGGCGAAGUUACCCCACAGCUGUGGGCUCUCUGCGACAGUAUGCAGAAACUGUUAUCUUCCAGCUUCUUCGAUUCCCUCCGCACACGGGAGUCUCUUGGGUAUAUUGUCUACUUGCAGUCUGUGCGGAUGGAGGGCACGGCGCACCUGCACUUUGUUGCCCAAAGUGCCUUGGAUGGUGUUGACGGUGUGUAUCUUCUCUCCCGGAUCAUGGCGUACCUCGCGGCUGUGGAGGAGAACCUCACUGCUGUGUGCGAUGACGCAGAGGUCAAAACAGUUGUGAAUGGCCUUAUUGAAGUACGUCGGAAGCUUCCCGCUUCCGUGGAGCAAGACUGCGCUGACCUGGUGAAACGCUACCUGCAUCCCGUCGGCCUUGACUACAAAGAGGCAGAGAUCGAAGCUCUCCAACAGGUGGACGCCGCAACUCUUCAGAAUUUUUUCCACACGUAUAUCGCCAACUCGAGUCCAUCCAGACAUGCACUCGCAAUCAUCAUUAACAGCGCUGCGUCAGCUAAAAAUAACACUCUUUGUGGGCCUGAUGAUGUCCCCUGCGAGAUCACAUUACCGCCGCGACGCCUGUGCGAGGAGCCCCCGGCUGGUGACCAGGACCCAACGAAGGACUUUCUGCAGCUGCCUGAUUUUGAGGCGGCGCCGAUGCACAUCAUCGUUCGGAAAUAUAUGUCACCCGAAAUGUACCACCAAAACUUUCCAGUUGUGCCUAGCCACUCCUUCUAG